GAAAUAAAAAUGGAGGACAAGUGAGGGUGUAUUUGACAGUUAAGAUGUAAUUUUUGUAUUACUAAGGCAUAAACAUGACCAAGGUGUGGAAAGCUCUCGUAAAACUACUAAAGGCAGCAGUCUCCAACAAAUAUGUAAGAGAGAAGAUUGUUUUUGGUGUUGCUGUCUGCAUAUUCACAACUUACUCGGCAAGGAGGUUGUAUCCGAGGGUACUGAAGAGUUAUGCCAAGAGAACAAAUGCUAAGUCAUCUCCGAAGAAAGACACUCCAAGUGUAGAUAAACGUUUCUACAAGCAGUUGAAAUAUAUUCUUAAAAUAAUCGUACCCAAAGUAUGGAGCAAAGAACUGGGUGUCUUAUCUUUACAUACAUGUACACUAGUUGUACGUACAUUCCUUUCAAUAUAUGUUGCUAAAUUAGAUGGUCGUAUUGUGAAGACAAUUGUAAGACGUGAUGUUAAAGCAUUCCUGAUUCUUCUUGCACAGUGGAUUGGAAUUGCAAUUCCAGCAACAUUUAUUAAUAGUGUAAUACGCUUCUUAGAAAGUCAGUUAGCCCUUGUAUUCAGGACACGAUUAGUAGACCAUGCUUAUAAAGCAUAUUUUGAUGAUCAAACUUACUAUAGGGUCAGUAACUUAGAUAGUAGGUUGCAAAAUGUUGACCAGUGUCUUACAGAAGAUAUAACACUAUUCACAUCGUCUUUGGCUCAUUUAUAUUCACAUAUUACAAAACCGUUACUGGAUGUUGCCCUCAUGUCUUUCACUUUAUACAGACUAGCAUCAAGCCGAGGUGCAAGUUCAUCAGUCCCAACAAUUGUUGCCACAACUGUUUUAUUUGUAACAGCAGAGAUUUUAAGAGCGGUUUCGCCUAAGUUUGGAAAGCUGGUUGCUGAAGAAGCAAAUAGGAGAGGCUAUCUUAGAUACAUGCAGUCAAGAAUUAUCACAAAUGCUGAAGAAAUUGCAUUCUAUGGUGGACACAAGGUGGAGCUGAAUCUGCUGCAAAAAAGUUAUCUACGACUGAAGCGGCAAAUGGAAGCUAUUUUCUGUCAACGACUCUGGUAUAUCAUGUUGGAGCAGUUUCUUAUGAAAUAUGUUUGGAGUGCAAGUGGUCUCAUCAUGGUAGCUAUACCUAUUAUUAGCACAGGAGGUGUGAGAUCAGAUGGAAGCAAAGUGGAUGACGAUCCAGAUGGAGGCGUCAGUGAGAGAACUCGUGCCUUCACUACAGCUAGGAACUUGUUGAUCAAUUCUGCUGAUGCAACUGAAAGGCUUAUAUCAUCAUAUAAAGAGAUAACAGAACUGGCAGGUUACACAUCCAGGGUCUAUGACAUGUUUACAGUGUUUGAAGAUGUGAAGCAAGGCAAGUACAAACGUACACUGGUUGUGAAAGAUGGUCAGAAGAAAACUGGAGUACUGUUGGAGAAAAUAGAAGGGCCUGUUAAAGCUCAUGGAGAAGUUGUUGAAACAGAAAGAAAUAUUUUGGUAGAGAACAUGCCAAUUAUAACUCCCAAUGGUGAUAUCAUUGUUAAAAGUCUUUCUCUUCAGAUGGAGCCUGGCAUGCAUUUACUGAUCACAGGACCAAAUGGUUGUGGAAAAUCCUCAUUGUUUAGAAUACUCAGUGGACUGUGGCCAGUGUAUGAUGGAAAACUCCACCGACCUCCAACAUCAUCCAUGUUCUACAUUCCGCAGAGACCCUACAUGUCAAUAGGGACAUUAAGGGAUCAAGUGAUAUAUCCAGAUACACAAGAAGAUAUGAGGCUGAAAGGGUUCGCUGAAGAGGAUCUUCAGGGCAUUCUAGAUAUUGUCAACCUUCAUUAUGUGGUGGAAAGAGAAGGAGGAUGGGAUGCUGAGAGUGACUGGAAAGAUGUAUUGUCUGGUGGUGAGAAACAGAGAAUGGGUAUGGCCAGGAUAUUCUAUCAUAGGCCACAGUUUGCACUGUUGGACGAGUGCACUAGUGCUGUAUCUAUAGAUGUAGAAAGUAAGAUAUACCAGACAAUCAAAGAUAGGGGAAUUACCUUACUGACAAUAACACAUCGGCCAUCUCUGUGGAAAUUCCAUUCCCACCUGCUACAGUUUGAUGGUGAGGGGGGUUGGAGGCUGGAAAAAUUUGAUAACACAACUCGACUCUCUCUCAAUGAGGAGAAACAGAAGCUUGAGACACAAUUAGCAGGCAUUCCCAAGAUGCAACAGAGACUGUCGGAGCUGUGCACAAUGCUUGGAGAAGAUUCGGUGCUUCUUAAUAAACACGGAAAGUUCAACGACCUUGAGACACUGCAGCAGGAACUUGACCAGGAACAACUAGAGGAGGAGGCUGAAAGUUGAUGAUUGGUCCAAAACUUAGAUAUUGCUAAUUAUAGAAUUUAGUGCUGCUAUUUAUAAACGCCAAAGUAUUUAUACUCCUAUAAACGAAGUUUAUGAUCGGGUAUGCUGGAGUCGCACUGGUGUAUCCCUAUGUCCAUGCACAUGUGAUAACUAUUGAGAAUUUUUUAACCAAGUUUGGUUUUAGUAUAAAGAGGUAUAUUCGCAAGGUUAAGGUCAAGGAUGAUUUUGGUUACAAUCCACAAAUAAUUGGCAGAUUUAUGGCAUUGCCCCUUUUCAGCUCACCUUAACAUAAAGGGUUCCGGGUGAGCUAUUGUGAUCAGUCACUGUCAGACAUUCUUCCACAAUUUUCUUCAAAUGACAUCUCUGAAACUGUUUCGCGAAAGUUGAUAAAACUUGGCCUGGAUAUUCCUUGGGUGGUCUUCUUCCAAAAUUUGUUGAAGCCAUUCCGCUUGGUUGCACAUAGUGGCUGCUAUAGCUAAAAAUAGAAAAAUCUUCAGACGACAUCUGCUUUUAAACUGCUAGUCUGCUUUUGAAAUAAUUCCACACAAUCUUUAACUCUCUACCAGAAAUAUUCAAAGUGUUCAGAUUUGCCAAAAAAAAAAACGGUCGCUAGGGGCAUGGCCACUUUUCCCUAUAUAGUGGAAACUUUAAAAAUCUCCUGGUCAGAAACUGUUGGCCCUAGUUUAAAAUAAUAUCAUUUAAAUGGUUCUUCUGUGACCCUGUACCAAGAUUGUUCAAAUGACUCCUAUUUGUCAAUAAACUUGGUCUCCCCAGGGUGUGAACAUUUAUCCCUAUGUUUAUAGUGGAAACUUGAACAAUUUUCUUCCAUGAAACUGCUGAAAUAAUUAGACACAAAUGGUCCUUAUGUGAUCUUCUACCAAGAUUGUUCAAAUUAUUCAGACUUGUCCAAAAAAACAUGGUGGCAAGGGGGCAUAGUCAUUUUUCCAUGUGUAUAUAAUGUAAGCUUCAAAAAUCUUCUUGUGAGAAAUCCCUGGCCCAGUUUAACACAAAAUUUGUUAAUGUUUGUUUCAUGACCCUUAACAAAGAUUGUACAAAUAAUUCUGUUUUGUGGAAUAAUACGGCUGCUAGGAGGUGUGGUCAGGUUUUCCUGUACAUAUUACCUGCCAUUAAUUAUGUAGAUUAUUGUUGGAAAACACAUCCACUACUUCCGAGUAUUUUCACAGACAUUUUCCUUUCAUAACCAUCUACAAGAACUGUUCAAGCAAGAAGGGUAACUCAGGUGAGCGAUCUAGGGCCAGUUUACUUUCAGCAACAUGUCAGUUUCCUUUUGGAUAACUUUUAGGAUGAAUGAAACUUGUUUUCAGUUUUGGUUACAAUCCACUAUAUUUUAGCACAGUUUAGCCCCUUUUCAACUUUGACAGUUCAACAACUCUUGAAAGGAUGAAUGGAUUGAAUUAAGUCUAUGAAUUUAAAAUGCAGGCCAGGUUCAUGUCGUUCACAUGCCACCAUUUUGGUGGGAAGUUAGGGCCCUUUUUAGCAUAAAACUUGGUUGUCUAUUCAAAUACUCUUGAAUGAAUGAAUUUAUUAAACUGUAACUCUUUUAGGACUUAAAUUUUUUCAAAAUUUCGAUAUAUGGAUGGAUUGAUUUAUUUCCAUUUUGGUACACAGGUAUAUCCUUAUGCUACUUUUCUACUUAAAAUAUGUAAAAAAGGUCUUUAUUUCAUACAGGAAGACGACGAUACGGGGGUAUUAUUUAGUCUUCUGAUAGGCCAAUAGAUGUAGUUUGAUUUUAGUUUAACACAGCUCAUUCAAAUAAUAUUGUUAUUAAGUUAAGUAUUUGUUAGUCUAUCAUGUGAACCAUGUGUUUAGAACUACUUAUACCUCGCUUUUAAGUUUUUGUAGCACAUGGUUAGGGUUAGACUAGACUAGAAUAUACUUUUAAGUGACACAAGGUAUAACCAUUCUCUCUGGAGAUGGACUGCCUGUCAUUUUUAAUGAAAGGUGGUGUGAUUCAACAAGCGUAGCAGAAUGUGAUUAGCUGAGAGAAUUGGUCAGGGGAAUAGCAACAGUAAUCUUUUAUUAACCUCUAAUUUUUAUGUAGGAAUAGUAUGGAAAUGUUGCCACCUUCAAUAAAAACUCUCAGUAAGUCUGCAGAGCUGCUGUGAUUGAAGUAAAAUUGACAUAUUUCUUGCAGUGCAAAGACCUGCAGGAGUAUUAAGUUUCUUUUGAAAUAUUAAAGCUGAAAGUUUUAUCUGCACCAUUUUUAGCUGCGCUUGUUAACAUCUACAUAGUUAUCACAAAAUCCAAGGUAGUUUGUUUCAUUCUCCAAGUACUGUUAUUUGGGGAAUCCAGGUAUUACAGUUUUGGACAAUCCGAGCAUAAAGAUUUAGGGCAGUGCAAACCUUAUUAUUUUGGGCAUAUCAAGCUUUAUAAUUUGGAGCAAUUAAAUCAUUAUGAUUUUGGGCAUAUCAAGCUUUAUGAUUUGAAGCAAUUAAAUCAUUAUAAUUUGGAGCAAUUAAAUCAUUAUGAUUUUGGGCAAUCUAACCACAUUGAUUUUGGGGUAAUUCAAGUAUUAUGAAUUGGGGAAUCCAUUUGUAUGUUGUUAAGCAUUUACUAUUAUUGUUGUUGAUUUUGUACUUUAUAAUAUUGUUCCAGUUAGUUUGACUAUAGCCAUUUAAAAAAAAAACAUUUCUCCAAAAUUGGUUGAGUAUAAAAUUGUAUUUUUAGUCAUUAUAUAAUUAUGCCCCCCUACGAGGAAGAGAGGGUAUAUUGUUCAGUGUUGUUCUGUCAGUUGAUCAUUCAUUGUUAAAUAUUUUGGUUUCUGACCAAUAACUAGAGCAUGAUUGGUCUCACAAUGAUCAAACUUUGUAGGAUGAUUGCCAGCGGUCAGUAGUCUGCUGUAGUUUUGAAGUUCAGUAGGUCAAAGGUCACAGUGACCUUGAAACUGAAAAUGGUUUCAGCUUGGUAGCUAAAGAACACUGGCCUGCAUUGGUCAAACUUCAUAUUGCCUAUGGUCAGUAGAUGAUCACUGUUUAUGGGUUUUUUGGUGAAAGGAAAUGGCCACAGAAUACAAAAUUACAUACCCUGUGACAGGUCAUCCAGGGAGGUUUUGGUCAAAGGUUAAGGCCACAGAAUACAAAAUUACAUACCCCUUGACGGAUCAUCCAGGGAGGUUUUGGUCAAAGGUUAAUGCCACAGAAUACAAAAUUACAUACCCUGUGACAGGUCAUCCAGGGAGGUUUUGGUCAAAUGUUAAUGCCACAGAAUACAAAAUUACAUACCCUCUGAUGGGUCAUCCAGGGAGGUUUUGGUCAGAUGUUAAGGCCACAGAAUACAAAAUUACAUACCCUGUGACAGGUCAUCCAGGGAGGUUUUGGUCAAAUGUUAAUGCCACAGAAUAAAAAAUUACAUACCCUCUGACGGUCAUCAAGAGGAGCUUAUAUAUGUUACUAACAGAUCUUGUUCUGGUAAACAUGCAUUAUCAGUAAUAUGUGUUACACAAAUGGCUUGAAUGAUGCAAUUGUUGAUUAAAAAUGUUGGUGUUAUUUUAAAUCUGGUAUCUGGAUAAGUUUCAGUAAGAGUCAAAUAUCAUGAGAAUAUUGUCUUGUUUCUUAAAGUCUUGCCAGUAUGUCAUUGUUAAUUUGCAGUUGUUUCCCUUUUCUCUUUUAUAAAUGUUGUUAGAAUUAGUUAGGACAGUUGCUAAUAUAUUCUGAGCUUUAAUUACAUAAUUGUAUGAAAUAAUUGAUAUUUAUUUAUGUUUGAGCAAUAAAGAACAAAUUGACAGAUCA